AGCUUUCUAGUUUAAAAGUCGUUCGGUCUACACUUUGAGCUUUUAAAUGUGCGAAAAUCAUUAUGAUUGAUAAACGAUUACAAGCAUAUCGCACGUAUCAACGCUUUCUUAAGAUAGUGCUAACUAUAAGUGGUUGUUGGCACAUACCAACAAAAUCCGGCAAGUCUAAAUAUUACUGGUCAUGUUGUAUGCUUAUGGUAUUGAUCAUAUACGUGACAUGUAACUUGAAUUUGGGCUAUAACUAUAAACAUAAUUUGACAAUUUCCAUGAAAUACAUAGGCAUAGGUAUAGGUGGAACUGGCGGCUUUAUCAAGGUGACAAUCUUUUUGUUAAAUCGUGACUCUCUGAUAAAUUUGCACCGAACUCUAAAUGAUUUUUUUGAGGAAGAGCUUAUACAAAACGAGAAAAUACGAACAAUAAUAUUUUCGUCUCUACGUAAAGUGUAUAUCCUGGGGUACACAUAUACCACCAUUAUGACAGCACUGAUCUUGGUGUAUAUUAUGCCUUCAUAUAUCCAUAUAAUUCGCGAUCUCUAUCACUUGCGUUUGACUACGAACUACACUCUGCCGGUCAGCAAGGGACGUGGAUACUCCUGGACUAUUCCCGACAAUUUUUUGUAUCAUGUUCAUCUGCUCAUAGAGACAAUUUGUCCGUGCCUCAGUUCCAUAACGGCGAGCGGCGUCGACAGCGUCUUUGGCCUUUAUGCUUAUCAAUUCGCUUCGACGAUGCAUGCCAUGACUUUCAGAUUCACGAAUCCUCUUCCCACUGAGAAGUUUUCGGAUAUGUUGAAAAAGAGUGUAAAAAAACAUAAGGAAUUGCUGCGAUGCCGCGACACCCUAGAACACAUUUAUGGACCUAUUAUCUUUUGGCAUACUGUCACCAGUGCGAUACUUCUUUGCUCAUUGGUAUACGAGGUGGCACAUGUUUCGCAUUUUACUAUUAACAACUUAUCCGAAUUUCUGACAUUCGCUAUAGUGAAGCUGCUUCAAAUGUUUAUGUACGCAUGGGGCGGUACUAUUCUUACAAAUGCGAGCGAAGAUUUUCGUAAUGGGAUAUACUUUGGCGAAUGGCCUAAUUCUGCUCUUGAUUGUCACGUGAGAACAAAUGUUAUUCUGGUGAUGAUGCAAAAACCAAUGACUAUAAAUGCAAUUUUCUCAUCGGUUAAUAUAGCCUUGUUUACUAAUUUCGUGAAUACUACAAUGUCUUACUUCUUCUUGUUGAAAUCUAUUGAGGAUGAAAACGGCUAAAAAUGGACCAUAUGUUUAAAAUACUGGUAAAAACGUAAAAUUGUGACGUUAUAAAUUGGACCGUAUAAAUCUGAAUAACAGUUUAUGGUCAUCGAGUCACAUCAACUUUAUCAACGCUCUAAAAUUUUUUUUUUCUAGGAAUGUAAAAAAUAUGAAUGUGAUACUCUUGAAUAAGAAAAUUAAAAGUGUUUUGCAAUAGAAUUUACGCAACAUAGACUUUAUUGUUAUAGAAUUUAAAUUAAACAAUGAAAAAUAUAAAAUUAUACAAUUUUACUGUUUUAAAUAUAUAACAUAUUUUUAUAUGCACUAUAAAUUCUUUGUUAAACACAUAAUAUAUAUAACAUAUUUUUAUAUGCACUAUAAAUUCUUUGUUAUAUAUUAUUAAACAAUGUGAAAAAAAUAAAUAGAAUAAAGAACACAUAUCCAAAGAGGAGAAGACGCCAAUUGAAAAUCAGCGGAAGUGGUGGAAGACCUACCUUUACAAGUUCAUCUAUUUUUCAGAUAAAAUCUGUAUCGGAUAUAAUUUUAGUUAAAAUUAAAAUAAUAACUAAAAUUUAAUUUACAAUUUGUAAAAUGUGAAGUGUCAAGUUGAAUAAUUUAUAAAAUAUGUUUAUAGUGUUUUUAUUAUUUUUUUCUGAUAAUUAUCAUUGAUGAUAGUAGCUCAAUCUUUACUUUGUUAAAAUACAUUUAUUUGCAAUAAUAUUUGGUAAAAAUAGAACAAUCUAAAAUAAAAAAAAUUGUUUAUUUACAUUUUUUCACAUUCUAAU